AUGGAAGACAGUUUGGAUGACCAGUUAGAUAAAAUCAUAAAGAAAGAUUUUGAUGAAACCAAACUGGUGAAAAAGAAAGUAAAGGAGAAAAAGAUAGAGAAAGAGGAGCCUCCACCCCACCCUCUCCAUCAAAGAAAGAAACCCCGCCCCCCGAAGAUAAAGAAGCCAAUCGCCAAUGAGCUGAUAGCCAUAAAGGUCCAGGCCUGGUGGCGGGGCAUCCUGGUGAGACGGACGCUGCUGCACGCCGCACUCAGAGCUUCCAUCAUUCCGCGGUGGUGGAAGCUGACACUGGCAAAACUGCUGGAGAAGAGGCGGCGGGCGGCCCUAGUGUACCACGCGCUGCAAGAAUGGGCAGUGGUCAAGCUGCAGUCCUGGGUCUGCAUGUGGCGCAUCCACCUUCGUUACUGCUGUUUGCUCCAUGCUGUCCUCAUCAUCCAGGUUUACUGGCGCUGCCAUAGUUGCCAUACUCGUGGCUUUUUCCGUGGCAGCUAUGAACUCACAGCAAGCCAGCUGGGACUUGAGCUUGAGAUCUUUCUAGGAUCACAGAUUUGUCGUAUUACAGACUGCAUCCCCUUCCCAAUAAAGAACUGA